AUGAAUCACAACGUGAUAGAGCCUGAAACAUUACCUGUUCAAUCAACAAUAUUAUGUGCUUGCUUUCGACGAAGAAAAUUCAUAUGGAUUAUAGUUUUUAGUAUUGUCGCGAUUUCGAUUGCACUAGGCAUUAUAUUACCAGCAACUAUUAUCAACAAGACAAAGGAAGAUACACCAGGAUCAGUAGCAACAGCCACAACAACAACAACAACACCAGCAAUACUAAUAACAAUGGUAGAACCAGCAGCAACAGUACUAACAACAACAACAACAACAGCACUAAUAACAACAACAACAACAACAACGAGAACGACAGGAUGGAUGCAUAGUGGUAGUAUGAAUAUUGCCCGAGCCUUGCACACGGCAUCCGUAUUAAAAGACGGCAAAGUAUUGGCCUGUGGUGGAGCAAAUAGUCCCACUCUAGCUAGUGCUGAAUUAUAUGAUCCAUCAACGGAACGUUGGACAAUUGCUAAUAAUAUGAAGGUUAAACGAUAUAGUCAUACUGCAUCUGUAUUAAACAAUGGAAAAGUAUUGGUUAAUGGUGGAAGGAGUAGUGCUGCUCUGGAUAGUGCUGAGUUAUACGACCCAUCAACAGGACAUUGGACAAGUACAACUAACAUGAAAAGCCAACGAUAUUCCCAUACUGCGUCCGUGUUAGAAAAUGGAAAAGUAUUGGUGACUGGUGGAUCGAAAUCUGGUGUCACUCUGGAUUCAGAUAGUGAUGAAAUAUUUGGUUUACGAACAGAAAAGCGGAAAACUAUCGUUAACAUGAAAAGGACACGAGACUCUGACGCUACAUUCGUAUUACCACAUGGGAAAAUAUUGGCUGGUGUUGAUACUAAGCCUGGUUACCUGAAUAGUGCUGAAUUAUAUGAUCCAACAACAGGAAAGUGGACAAGUACGGGUAGUAUGAAAAGUGGUCGAUCUGAGCACACUGCAUCGGUAUUAGAAAAUGGAAAAGUAUUAGUUGCUGGUGGUAUACAACGUAAUGAAAGUAGUGCUGAGUUAUAUGAUCCAAAGACAGAAAGUUGGACAACUACAGGAAAUAUGACUACCCUACGAAGACGUCAUACAGCAUCUAUAUUAAACAGUGGAAAAGUAUUGGUUACUGGUGGAGUUAGUGAUACUGGUUUGACUGUAUCUACUGCGGAGAUAUAUGAUCCAUCAAUAGGAAAGUGGACCACUUCACAUACGAACACAAUGAAACAUGCACGACAUAUGCACACUGCAUCUGUAUUAAAAAAUGGAAACGUACUCAUUAGCGGUGGAUCGAAUAAUGUUGGUGGUCUUUUAAAUAUUGCUGAACUAUAUAAUCCAUUAACAAACAGAUGGACUGAUAUUCUUAUCAUGCGAAAUACACGAAUGCAACACACUUCAUCCGUAUUGAAUAAUCAAAAAGUGUUGUUAACUGGCGGAAGGAAUAAUCCUAAUUUUCAAAAUACUAUUUCUUAUUUAAAUACUACUGAGUUAUAUAAUCCAUAA